AUUAACAAAAAGUUUUUGUUGUUUGUCUACCCUCAACGCGACACACAGUUUGCAGGAACUUGUUAAAAUAAAAGUAUUUACCUGUUGGAAAUUUGGAUCUCUCUUUUUUUCGGAAACUAGGUUAAACCAUGAAAGGUUGGUUUUAUUUGACAUUGGAGCUUGUCAUCCUUUCCCUUUCCAAAUUAAAAUGUGCGGAAUCCGAGAAAUUUUCCAUGCCCGAUUAUCCAAGCGGUGACAUGUUGGGUGACCCAUUUUCCAAUGGCUUUGAUGAAAAUGAUGAGAGCAGAACUUUUGAUAGUUUUGGCUCGGCUGGGGAUUCAUUCGUCAAAAAACGUCUAUACAACACAUCAAUUGCUUUGACUGCAAGCAUGUUCACUUACUAUUUGCCAUCUCAGACAGAGGCUGGAACGAUAACAGAUUUAGUAAAUCAAGCGGUUUAUGGGCUCUUUGGGACUUUGGCAGUGAGUCUCAUUUUUGCAGUACCAGUACUUUUGACUGGAGUCAUGUACAAGCCUGACACAUCUUCUCGCAGUAUUAAUGGUGCUGAGGGGACAGAAAGCAGUUGGGCUACGAGUCCCAUUAUGAAAAUUGAAAAUGUGCGACAAAUAUUUAACGAAGAAUUUAGAGAUGCAAUUGGUCUGGAUUAUGAGAAAUGUCUCAAAAAAACUAUUUGCGAAGCGCAUCGUUCCCCAAAAAAUAAGAAAUAUGGAUUGCUUGCUCUUCCCUUCCAAAUGUUUUAUCCACCAAAUAAGAAAGGUAGUUCCACAUCACGAGCGACUUCGUAUCAACUGGCUGCUGCUGAGGGUGCUUAUUCCAAAUCAGAUUGUUCUAAACGUUAUCAGUGUUUUUUUGACACUUUGGAUCUUGCAACAUUUCUCAUUGACUGGUACAGGCUCAACAAUGAUCCCGAAUACACACCAAAAGAAACUGACUUUGACUGAUUUUGCAUUUAAAAUAUAUUUUCCUAUUUACCAUUUGUACUCUUGUAAAAUAAAAUAUAAAUUGAUACCAAA